AUGUCUGACCUUCACCUCUCGUGCUUGUGCACCCUCGAAACGGAACCAACAAUGGCCCAAAUAAUCCAAAACACCCAACACAACCAGACUCCUGACGGUAUGGAUUUGGAACUUUGUCAAGAACCAGCUCCUCAUGCACCGCCCCUCUUGAGCCCAAUUCCAGCCUUUGUCGAUGGUGACAGUGAUCAACGGGAUGAGAUUUCGGAGCUCUUUGAAGAUCUCGAACAACUUGUUACAUCGCCUGGCAAUGUUGCCGAAGAAAGCCUUCCACAGCAACCAGCGCUGCCACUCGACGCUAUAUACAACCCCUCACUUGUCACCCCUGGAGCUCCAUCUCUCCCAAGUGCACGACAUCGAAUCGCCAAGCGACCUUACCAUUUAUCCACAGAUCAUCACUCAGCAAUCAUCUCCUUGUCCAAGCCCGGCUCAUAUGACGUUAAUUUGGACGACAUUCAUCUGCAAGACAUUGUCCCUCGAAAGCGUCCUAUAACAUCGCAUGACGACGAGGAACCCCAGUCUAAGCGAUCGCGUCAGCCAUCAUACUACAGCAAUGACCAACAGAUGCCUCCCCUUCGAUUUGCGAUGCCACCUUUCCCUUCUGCCCCAACCAUACCUCAAAAACGUCCAAGUUCUCAUGCACCACACGAGCUCGAGGAAAUGGGCCAUAGGCGUUCAUGUACACCAUCCAAUUACACCAGCAGCCGACAGUCGCCAACAACUUGCUCUCCCAAGUUGCUUCAGCCAUGUCUUAUCUCAAAUUCCACGAAUACCUCUUCACAGCCACAAGGAAGUUUAAUGCAACAGGUGCCUCAAAUUGAAAAAGCUUGCGACGAUUCUCAAAUGCUUACUACAACCAAUCAUACUAUUUACUCGCACAAUCUCGACAAGCAAGCUCCAGAUCAUGCUCAAUCCACCCAUCCGCACUUACCACAUACGACCUAUGACGAUCCCCCUGCCGAGUUUGAUUCACACUUAUUCAGUCCAACUCACGUUGUCAAUCAGAAUCUCACUCAUAGUCAAAAAAAGCCCAGUUCAUCGUCACGUAAUGCCACGUCCAACGAAGACUUUGAACAUACUCGCAAGACUCCCGAAACAUCACUUGCACAUUCUCAAGAAUAUGUGGGACGAAACAAUGAAUCUGGUCCUUCGAGUCAUAUUGAAAUCUCCCCCAGCGCCGGUCAUGAUCCUUCACAAAGACCCAAUUCAUCAGAGAAUCAUUCUAGCCCCGGCUCAUUGCCACAAGACUCACAUCAGGAGUAUGCUCGCAAUACUCCCAGGCUCCCACGUGCAAAUCCGCAAGAAAUCAGACCGUCUUAUUGGCAUGAAGAAGACUCCGUUGGACACCUUCCACCGCGCAACUCUCACUCCAGCAACCCUCCUUCAGCUUUAAGAUCGCAACGUCCUUCAUCACAGCCACAGGCUAGUGUAGACAAUCAGGAGCCUGGUUUUGGAUUACAUCGCCGAGUGGAACCAGCCCAUGCACCAAUUCAGCCGGGUAUUUCCAUAAGCAACCAAACCUAUGAAUGUUCUCAAAUUCAUAGUGCGGCUGAUUGUACCUACCAGAAACCUCAAGAUACGCCAACUGACCAUGUCCGCUUACCCGAUUCACCACAUGCGUGUCACCCUAGCUCUUAUAGCUCAUACACACCUAACCCAACCUCGACGGGUGGGCAGAUUAACUCUAGAAAUCAAACUCGCGCCUGCUCUGCACCGCACAAUUUCGCAUCUAAUCCAGGUCCUGAGUAUGCCCAAUUCUUAGGUUCAAGCGGGAGGGCUUUGACUAAUCAAGUUUACACAAAUGCUCAUAUGUUCACUAGCACUCAAACUCGCCCCAGAUCGGCACCGCAGGAUGUCCGAUAUGAAUCAGCUUCCGAGUACGCUCACAAUCAGACCAGAGACUUGCGUGCACAGUCCAAAGAAUCACCGAGAAGCAAAUCACCCAGCAGAACCUACGAUGCUCAGGUCCUGGAUAGAACUCAAGCUCGCCCCAGAUCAUCGUCGAAAGGUGUCCCAUCUCGUCCAGCUCCUGUGGAUCAUUGCAAUAUCGUCAAUCCGUCAUUUAUACAGCCUCAAGAAGCAACGAGGAAGAUAUCCAAUCUAUCUCACCAAGACUAUGCGGGCACUUCCCUAAGACCACCUUUGUGGGAUCAAUUUCAGUUCGAUCUUGGGGAAGAUCACAUCAUGAAGUUUGUUUCGCCUUCAGCAACUCCAGAUCCCCCUCAAUUUUUCAAUCCACGCCCUAGAGAUGGACCAUCACACAUCCAGUCGGCCGUAUUCCAACAAUCUCAAACCCAAGAAGAUGCUCUCACAUCAUUUCCUGACACUCGACCAUCUUCUAGGAUGUCUAUGUGUUCCGCUAAAGAUCAGCAAACACACACAAAUCAGCAGCACACUCUAUCUCAAAGCAGUCGAUCCUCAAGGAUGUCAUACUCUUCAACAAAUGAGCAACAUAUCAAUCCUCAACACGCACACGCAGCCACAUCGACCACUCGACCAUCUUCCAGGAUGUCUAUGUGUUCCGCUAAAAACCAGCAACAUACUCCACUUCAAAGCAGCCGAUCUUUGAUAAAUGAGCAACAACUCAAUCCUCAACUCGCACACGCAGCCACAUCCUCCACUCGACCAUCUUCCAGGAUGUCUGUCUGUUCCGCACCAAAUCAGCAAAAUCAGCAACAUAAUUCAUUUCAAAACAGCCAAUCUCCAAGGAUAUCAUACUCUUCAACAAAUCAGCAACAACUUAAUCCUCAACCCGUACAAGCAGCCACAUCCACUUAUCAGCACCCACCACUUGCGUUCUCUUCUAGAUCUUCACGUGUCAAGCACAGUGACCAUUCCUCUGGAAAGAAUCAAGACCAACGCCAAAGCUCCUAUAACACGGUUCCUGAUAACAGCUCCACUGGUCACAUCCGGCCCAACAGCUCUCAACCCAACACGCUGCCUGUUUUCAAUUCACAAUACAAACCUGUAUCACACCCGCAUGGAUAUCAAACACAUCACCAGCCUGAUGUGGUACCUAAUCUUACUCACCAUUCUCACAUUUCCAAUCCACGUCACGAGGAUCGCACUAGAGCUUACAUCUCAAAAUCCACUAAUCCACCUUACGGACAUCCUGAGUUUCCUAUCUUCAACUCAGGCUUUGUCAACACUCCUACUGCAGUUUCUCAAAUGCAUGGCCUAUCUUCUACCAAACUGCCUUCCAGGGAUCAAUUUCGAUUUGACUUCGGAGGGAAUCCCAUCCCUACGUUCGGUGUACCCGUUCAAGUCAAAGACUCACACACUAGUCACGGACAACCACAGACUUCUUGUGACCUCUUUCGACAACCCUCUCGUCGUCCGUCAUCCAGGAUGUCCAUAUGUUCCGCGCAUAAUCAACCACAAAGUCUUCCUCAAAGAGACCAUUCAUCAAGAAUCUCAUAUGCAGCAGAUGACUGUGAACCUGCUCCUCGACCCUCUCCUCGAUUUGCUCCUCAACCUGCUCCUCAACCUGCUCCUCAACCCGUUCCUCAACCCUUCAAUGACUCGCACCCUAGUCACGGACGAUCACAGACCGCUUCUCGUCCGUCUUCCAGGAUGUCCAUAUGUUCCGCGCACAAUCAACAACAAAGUCCUCGUCAAAGAGGUCAUUCACCAAGAAUCUCAUAUGUAGCAGAUGAGCGUGGACCUGCUCCUCAACCCUCCCCUCGAUUUGCUCCUCGAUCUGUUCCUCCACCUGUUCCCCAAUCCAUUCGUCAACCUGUUCCUCAAGCCAUUCCUCGAUCUGCUCCUCGAUCUGCUGCCCAUCCUCAACAUUCUACUCAACCCCCUCCUCGUCAAUGUGUACCAUCAGGGUCCAAUUCUGCAUUUUUGGGUGUUGAUUCACGAAGAUCCCAAUUAGCAGAUGAGCGUGGACCUGCUCCUCGACCUGCUCCGCAACCCUCCCCUCGAUCUGUUCCUCCACCCGUUCCUCAAUCCAUUCCUCGAUCUGCUGCCCAUCCUCAACAUUCUACUCAACCCCCUCCUCGUCAAUGUGUACCAUCAGGGUCCAAUUCUGCAUUUUUGGGUGUUGAUUCACGAAGAUCCCAAUAUACGGAAGAUAUACACGAGAACGACAAUGAUGAGACCGAGAACGAACGACCAGAGGAAUACCAAGGAAACCAAUACGACGAUGACCACAAUGUCCAAAACGACGAUGACCACAAUGUCCAAUACGACGAUGACCACAAUGUCCAAUACGACGAUGACCACAAUGUCCAAUACGACGAUGACCACAAUGUCCAAUACGACGAUGACCACAAUGAUCAAUACGACGAUGACCACAAUGUCCAAUACGACGAUGACCAAUACGACGAUGACAAAGAUACCGAAGAAUCUGACUCUGACGGUGUUUUUGAUCUCGCCGAAAGUCGCAAGUAUAAAAAUCAUAAAUCUGCACGCCAAGCUAAAAAGACAAUCGCAAGACAUGAAGGAGCCCGCCUGGAGAAGCUUGCAAAAACCCCUAUAGAGUGCGAUCAGUAUGAACGACUUGCCAUUGCAAUUCAACAUUUCAACAACCUACUCCUUGGCAUUGUUCGAAAACGUAAAGGCCAAAAGGGCAACCGUUUGCUUCCCUCGCCGCCCUCGGACGAGGAGUAUUCUCUUUGGGACCAACGAAAAGUCGAGCGUCGGCGGAUAAUUGAUGCGAGCGUUGAAGAAGCUCGAAAACGCUACCGUCGCAAAUACCCAUCCCCCCAGCCCGCCCAGCUUGCAAGAGUUGGAGAGCAUGCUGCUGAGGAAGCUAGGUCCGGCAUUAAACCAGUCAGAUUCACCUCCCGUGUAGCGCUCAGGAACUCUGGUGUUCAUUAUUCAACCACUGUUGCCUCUACUUGCGAGGCCUCAUUGGCUCUUUCUGGCUUUCCAAGAUUUACUUACGAUUGGACUGACUCUUUUAAGUCAAAAUGGAAUGAAGCGGUCUCUGUAAUUAUUCUCCAAGAGUGGGAGAAGUGCUACAGGAGGGGAGAUGCUGAUGAUUAUAACGUUGAUGUCAACCAAGUGAACGCGAAAAACACCAGGCAAGUUCUUGAGCGGUGGUUUCAUACCAAGCGUCGCGAAUAUGUAAGCCAGUCCAGUCAGAAGGAGCAUCAAGGGAAGAGAACCCAGCCUGGGGAGCAGGAGACUUCGAAAGAGAGAAGUCGUGGCAGGCAAUCGCAAAAGAGGGUUUGUCAGCUUCGACAAGAAGCUCUCAAGAGGUUUUUCCCAGAAAACCGGGCGCUCCGCAAUAUCUUGUCAGAAAGAGAAGUUCAUUCUGAAGAUGAAGUUGAUGCCAAUGGUAACUCGUACCGAAAACAGAAGCUUUGGAGGCAUAGGAACCUUGGCAAAUUCCUCCACCAGUUAGACGAGCUACACAUCGGAACGCAGCGCACCGACCAAGCUUCCACUUCAGCCGCCAAAGCUCUCCGGCGUGGGCCUUACGCUGCUCCAGAGGAUUCAGAGUUUCUUGCACGGCCUCCCAAGGGAUUUCCAAAAUGUUUGCUUGACGAGGGAUUUAUGAGGCAUCACGUCUCACGAGUUGCUGUCUUGGGCCUUGAACUCUCCACGCAAGAGUAUGAUUUGGCCCCUUUGCUUCAACGCGCUGAAUGGUUACAGCUUACAGACGCAUUUUGA